GUAAACACACGAGCAGAAGCGGCUCCAGUUCCACUCUCCCGUGACCAACUGAUAUCAGUCCAGCGUGCGGCAGCGACGGAAAACAGCGUGCGCGUGACAUUACAAAAAUGUCCCAGCAGGCAAUGAACGGGGUCCCGUCCCGGGGCAAGGUGCUGACUCUGGAUAACAUGAACCCAAAUGUGAAGCGGGUCGAGUACGCGGUCCGAGGCCCCAUAGUCCAGCGAGCGGUGCAGAUAGAGAAGGAGCUGAAAGAGGGAGUCAAGAAACCUUUCACAGAGGUCAUCAAGGCUAACAUAGGCGACGCCCACGCCAUGGGCCAGAAACCAAUCACAUUUCUCAGACAGGUCUUGGCUCUGUGCUCUUACCCUGAACUCCUGGAAGACAACAAGUUCCCCGAGGACGCCAAGAAAAGAGCGCGGCGUAUCCUCGAGGCCUGUGGAGGCCACAGUAUAGGGGCCUACAGCGCCAGCCAGGGGAUCGAGUGCGUCCGUCAGGAUGUGGCGUGCUACAUAGAGAGGAGAGAUGGUGGAAUCCCCUCCAGCCCUGACAACAUCUACCUCUCCACUGGGGCCAGUGAUGCCAUUGUGACCAUGCUGAAGUUGCUGGUGUGCGGUGAGGGUCGAGACCGUACAGGAGUGAUGAUCUCCAUCCCUCAGUACCCUCUGUACUCGGCCGCCUUGGCUGACCUGGGUGCAGUGCAGAUCAGUUACUACCUGGAUGAGGACAAGUGUUGGAGUCUGGACGUCACAGAGCUCAGGAGAGCCCUCAAUGCAGCCAGGCAGCAUUGCAAUCCUCGUGUCCUCUGCAUCAUCAACCCUGGAAACCCCACCGGUCAGGUCCAGAGCAGGCAGUGCAUUGAAGAUGUGAUCCGAUUUGCUAAAGAGGAGCAUCUCUUCCUCAUGGCUGAUGAAGUCUACCAGGAUAAUGUGUAUGCAGAGGGCUGUAAAUUUCACUCCUUCAAGAAGGUGUUGUUUGAGAUGGGACCAGAGUACUCCAGCACAGUGGAGAUGGCCUCCUUCCACUCCACCUCCAAAUGCUACAUGGGAGAGUGUGGAUUCCGUGGCGGUUACAUGGAAGUGAUUAACAUGGACCCCGAGGUGAAGGUCCAGCUCACCAAACUGGUGUCAGUGCGUCUGUGUCCCCCAGUUCCUGGACAGGCUCUCCUGGACCUGGUGGUCAACCCCCCGCAGCCAGACGAGCCCUCCUACACCACAUUUAUGAAGGAGCGGACAGCGGUGUUAACAGCUUUGGCAGAGAAGGCCAGGCUGACGGAAGAGAUCUUCAACACAGUACCUGGUAUCACUUGUAACCCGGUCCAGGGGGCCAUGUACACCUUCCCCCGCAUCACUCUACCUCAAAAGGCCAUUGACAAGGCCAAGGAAGAAGGCCAGGUCCCAGACAUGUUCUACUGUAUGAAGCUGCUGGAGGAGGAGGGGAUCUGUCUGGUGCCAGGUAGUGGCUUUGGGCAGAGAGAGGGAACCUUCCACUUCAGGAUGACCAUCUUGCCACCCGCUGAGAAGCUGAAGUUUGUGCUGCAGAAGAUCCGUGAUUUCCACCUACGGUUCACACAACAGUUUUCCUAAACAAUCCUCCACCCUGAACUACAUCUCAAGAACCAACCCGUUCAGUGCCAGUAUCUUCAAGUGCCUUAAUGUUGUGAAUGAGGCUGCAACCUCUGCAAUACCCAUGUCUCACCUCAAAGCUGUGGUCACACCAGAGCAGAUUUUUGUAAAGAUAUUUUCUGUGUUUUGCAGCAGUGAUGAAACCAUGAAAGUUUCCUUUAGAUAACUAGUGAAAACAUGUGCACAGAAUGAUGCACUGUUCAUAUGUACAUACAGCAUGUGAAGACGUAAUCAUGUUCAGUGCAUGAUGCACUUUCCCAAAGUAUAACCCGGCCAAGUUUGUGAUUUUAGAUGUUAUUAUCUAUAGAGUUAUGAGGUAUUUAAGAUGUCCUUGUCACAGAAACUGCUACAGGUGCAUCUCGCUCCUGCCAAAACUUUUUAACAGCAAAAUAAGUUCAAAAUGAUGAACAUGUUAGGUGAUUACUGGAUGAACAUGACUGGCUGUAGAAGAUGCACCAUAAUGAGGAUGACUGAGUACUGCCAGGGCAAUUCUUGCCUGUCUCAGAAUGUAGCCGUUUGUAUUACUAAUGUUUAAAUUGUUCAUAAAUGUGAUUAAAAACACUUGAAUUUCUAAAA